AUGUCCGACCCGAGUCUCGGCAUCAAGAAAGUCUGGCGGAUGAAACUUCAGUUCUACUGUGACAAAACCAGUGUCGCGCCGCCAAUCUACAAUACCUUCUCCGACCGUCGAGGAGGUCGUACAGCGUGGUCCUGCUCUGUUGUUGUUCAUGGCACUACCUUCCAUUCUCGAUAUUGGUUCGAUGGCGAAUACGUCGAGAACGCGAUGGAGGAUGCUGCUGAGGUGGCGAUAAAAGUUCUCGAUCCUGGAGCUUGUCAACCUUCCAGCGGGGGUAACUUCCCGGGCACCAUCGACUGA